CUGACGUCAGUGUGUCUCUCCGCACCAGCCCGCGUCCCGCGGCUCCGCGCCCACGGCCCCGCGGCUGCACGACGAGCGGCGGCCGGGAGCGCGCCGCUCCGCUCGGCCCCGCUGCUCCGUUCCGCCGCUCCCUCCUUCCCGCUCCGGCACCCGCACCCGCAUCCACGGCAGCUUCCCGCGCCCCCAGCACCAUGUCGGUGGCCGGGCUGAAGAAGCAGUUCCAUAAAGCCACGCAGAAAGUGAGUGAAAAGGUUGGAGGAGCUGAAGGAACCAAGCUAGAUCAUGACUUCAAGGAGAUGGAGCGGAAAGUGGAUGUCACCAGCAGGGCUGUGAUGGAAAUAAUGACCAAAACAAUCGAAUACCUUCAACCCAAUCCAGCUUCCAGAGCUAAACUCAGCAUGAUCAACACAAUGUCCAAAAUCCGCGGGCAGGAGAAGGGGCCAGGCUACCCUCAGGCAGAAGCACUGCUGGCGGAGGCCAUGCUCAAGUUCGGGAGGGAGCUGGGAGAUGACUGCAACUUCGGCCCUGCACUCGGUGAGGUGGGGGAGGCCAUGCGGGACCUCUCAGAAGUGAAAGACUCUUUGGACAUGGAGGUGAAGCAGAACUUCAUUGACCCCCUUCAGAAUCUUCACGACAAAGACCUGAGGGAAAUUCAGCAUCAUCUAAAGAAGUUGGAGGGUCGACGCCUGGACUUCGAUUAUAAGAAGAAACGACAAGGCAAGAUUCCAGAUGAAGAGAUCCGUCAAGCUCUGGAGAAAUUUGACGAGUCUAAAGAAAUUGCUGAGUCAAGCAUGUUCAAUCUGCUGGAGAUGGACAUCGAACAGGUGAGCCAGCUCUCUGCGCUUGUGCAAGCCCAGCUGGAGUACCACAAGCAGGCGGUCCAGAUCCUGCAGCAGGUCACUGUCAGACUGGAAGAAAGAAUAAGACAAGCUUCGUCUCAGCCUAGAAGGGAAUAUCAGCCUAAACCGCGGAUGAGCCUGGAGUUUCCCGUUGGAGACAAUACUCAGCCCAAUGGAGGCAUCUCCCACGCGGGCACUCCCAAGCCUUCAGGUGUCCCCAUGGAUCAGCCCUGCUGCCGAGCUCUGUACGACUUUGAACCUGAAAAUGAAGGGGAAUUGGGUUUUAAAGAGGGUGACAUCAUCACACUCACUAACCAAAUUGAUGAGAACUGGUAUGAGGGGAUGCUUCAUGGCCAGUCAGGCUUCUUCCCCAUCAACUAUGUGGAAAUUCUGGUUGCCCUGCCCCAUUAGUAUGUCAUGCUGGCUGGCCCAUCUCCUCUUGACCCGGGUAGUUCAGUUUAACCACUGCUUUGGUAAUGCUGCUUCCAACACAUCCCAAUGCAGGCCGCAGUGGUCCCGGUCACCUUUGGUUGACCUGUGUGACCCCACAGGAGUCACGGUGAUGGAUGGUAUCUUCUCCGCCUGGUGGGCAUGGCAUGUGCUUUUCAAAUACCAUCUGAGACCAGCCAGACAGUUCUCAGGAGACUGCGGCUUCUUAGACUAAUGACUAUGAGCCACAGCACAGAGACACCAUCCUACAGAAGGUAUUAUCUAUCGCCCAGGGCCUUCUCCGGCUCUCAGGUUCUCCAGCUAAGCAGGAGAAAGGGUUUGCUCUCAUACCGUCCCCUCCCAAACGUGUGAGUCACAGAGUUUGUGGAAGAAAGCCUCCCUCACCAGCAAACUGCCUUCUGGGCUGAGUGAGUCCUUGGAUGCCACCAGGAAAGUGCUGAGUGUGGAUUCAAAGCCUUCUCUGGAAACGCUCACCUCUGUUCCUCCCACUUAUGCCUGUUUCCGAGGCACAGCCUGUUCCCCUUCCUCCCACUAUCCAAGCCAGAGGGGGCUCCUGUUUUAUCUCUAAGAUAGUUAGCAAUCCACAAAUUGUGGGAGGGGCUGACAAGAGGAUACUCUAUUAUAAGAAAUGGGAAGAGAUCCGUUUUCCAAGUUUAAAUGUCCUGCUGUAAAGAAACUCUGUGUGUGUGUGUGUGUGUGUGUGUGUGUGUGUGUGUGUGUGUAGGGCAUUUCUGAAGGUACAGGGAAAGGGGAACAAAUACUGUCAUUUCCGCUUUAUUUACAAAUUGUGUGUUUCAUGAAUUCAUUGGGCACAGAGACACAAGAAGAAAACCACUAGAAACCAUUUUCCCACUAGUUCCUAGACCAAGAAACAGUACAUACCUUUUCUUCCACAUUCACCUGUGUUCUUUGAACAUCAUUUGUGCAUAUUCUGCCCUCAGUGAGGACCAAGUAAAGAUGAUGUUUGUGCUUAGUAGUUUAAGAAGUGUGGCUGCAUAUGCAAAACUGUUUCCCAUUCAGUCAUCACUUUUAUCUGUCCCCUCUAUCUGCUCUUCAUUUCGUGUGUACAGUGCUGUGUGUCAGUUUCUGAGUGGUGGUGUUAUCUUUGGUAUCAGUCAUUCGAGUCCCAUUACGUUCUAUGGAGAGUUCUAUUUAUCUAGCUGUACAGAUUCUCUCAGAGGUUUAAUGUGCUGCUUCGGACGUGCCGUCUGCGGUAGUGGAUCAUGUGGAGUGAAAGGCAAAUCUUACUGCUUACUGUAUAAACUCUUACCACGGGAAGCAUCGCUGUUUCCAAUAAAUAUUGCUGAAGACAAA